AUGAAUGAAUCUUCUUUGCAAAUAGCAAUGUUUCCAUGGUUUGCAAUGGGACAUUUAACACCAUAUCUCCACCUCUCCAACAAAUUAGCAAAGAGGGGACACAAAAUCUCCUUCUUCAUCCCCAGAAGAACACAAUCCAAGUUAGAGCAAUUCAACCUCUUCCCACAUCUCAUCACCUUUUUUCCUAUCAAUGUUCCUCAUGUUGAAGGCCUUCCUCAUGGCGCAGAAACCACUUCUGAUGUGUCUUUCUCUUUGGGCCCACUCAUUAUGACAGCUAUGGAUCGCACUGAGAGGGAUAUAGAGCUUCUUCUCAUAGAGCUAAAGCCACAAAUUGUUUUCUUUGACUUCACAUAUUGGCUACCCAACAUGACUCGUCGCUUGGGGAUCAAAUCUUUUCAUUACUUGAUCGUCAGUCCUGCGACAGUAUCGUACUGUGCAUCCCCUCCAAGGAUGAACCACAGUGGUAGCUUAACUGAAAUUGACCUUAUGAAACCCCCUCUUGGUUACCCUAUAUCAUCCAUCAAACUCCAUGCACAUGAAGCAAAGUUCCUUGCUUCGAAGAGGAACUGGGAGUUUGGUAGUGGUGUUCUCUUUUAUGACCGCCUCUAUAGUGGUCUAACCCAGUCAGAUGCAAUUGGAUUCAAAGGUUGCAGUGAAAUUGAGGGACCUUUUGUUGAUUACCUUGAGGAGCAAUUUGGGAAGCCUGUUCUCCUUUCUGGACCUAUCAUACCCGAGCGACCCAACGCUGUUUUAGAGGAAAAAUGGAGUGCAUGGCUUGGAAGCUUCAAGGAUGGUUCUGUGAUUUUUUGUGCACUAGGGAGUGAAUGGAAAUUAACUCAUGGUCAGUUCAAAGAAUUGUUGUUGGGUCUUGCACUUACAUGGCUCCCAUUUUUGGUUGUUCUGAAAAUUCCUAUUGGGUUUGAGACAAUGGAAGAUGCUCUCCCAGAAGGGUUUAAGGAAAGGGUUGAAGGGAGAGGAAUUGUCCACAGUGGAUGGAUACAACAACAGUUGAUUUUGGAACACCCAUCAGUGGGUUGCUUCAUAACACACUGUGGUGCUGGGUCAUUGACUGAGGCACUGGUAAAUAAGUGUCAAAUGGUGUUACUGCCUCAAGUAGAUGGCGAUCAUAUCAUUAAUGCAAGGAUGAUGGGUGGAAACUUGAAGGUUGGGGUUGAAGUGGAGAAGGGUGAAGAAGAUGGUUGGUUCACAAAGGAGAGUGUAAGCAAAGCAGUGAAAAUGGUGAUGGAUGAGGAGAAUGAAGUUGGCAGAGAAGUGAGGGAAAAUCAUGCAAAAUUGAAGAAUUUCUUGGUACAUGAUUUAGAAACGAUCUGUGUUGAUAACUUUUGUCAGAAGCUUCAAGAUUUACUCGUGUGA